GGUUGAUUGAGCUGCUCUGAUGGCUUUUACACCGUCGCCAUGACGUUUGAUUAUACAAAUUCGUACGAGUUGGCGGCCUGGCUGUUUCCCACCCUCUUCCUGGUUGGGGCGUUGGCGGCCUCGGUCUUCUUUUACUUGACUCGCGAGAAUUGGGUGGCCAACACGUCCAAAGGUACUGAGUCGCGCUGGACGCUGGGCGGCUGGUUGUUCAAUAUCCUGAUUGGCGAUGACCGUGAAGCGGCUGCCGAGGUCAUGAUCAUGCACAUUGACACCUUCAAACUCGUCACCGUCUUCCUGUUGGCCGUCUCCCCCGACACGUUGCUCAACUACAACUGCUCCUUGCCAUACCCUCUUUCGGAGAGGAUGGGAGCCAUUUACCUCGAGUUUCGCGAGGUUCCAUGCAAAGACAGCACGUACAGCAACAUUGACUACCCCAACUUCCUGCUCACCUUCAACAUUACCGGCCUCGCGCUGGAGCAGUUUGAGAGCUUGGAGCAGGCUUUGUGCGGCACGCUAUACUACGGCUACUUUGGCACGCUCCUCGUCCUCGAAUGCCUGAGCCUGCUCUAUUUUAUCUUCAAUCGCAAGCACAUCUUCCAUCACUCCAUUGUCAACGCCUUGAUCUUCUUCGUGACGUCGGCCCUGUUUGCCGUGUACCCGACUCGCACCCGCCUCUUGUAUAACAACGAUCAAAACGUCUGCAUUGUUCGCUACGCGCCCCUCGUCACGGCCAUCGUCUCCCUCUGGUAUUCGGUUAUCGGCUUCACCUUUGCUCUCGCCGCCAUGGGCCUCUCUCGCCGAGAACGCGGUUGCCCACCAUCACAAGUCCACGUACAAGAAGACGACAACGAGGACACCCACUUUGCUUAGCCAGCCCUCGCGCUUCGUAUGAAACCACCGGAAGCAACCUGCAUGACUCGAGUUCCUGUCGAGACUGACAAUCAAGAAGAGCAUUAAUCAAUUGACUUGACCAG